AUGAGUUACGAGCUGAAAAAUACCAAACAGUCGGAAACGACGCCGCUGGAGUCCUUCAACAGUGUAGAGGAGAUCAAAGAAAACUCGGAGGAGCUACCUUCGAGAGAAGGUGUCUUUCAUCGGGUUGUAGACUCGUUCAAAAGACCUGUCGCCCACGAACCCGGCACUCCAGGCAAUAGCGAUGCACAAGACGAGUACGAAAGGGCCCACCAGGUCAACGAAAGCGAAAAACACAAGGCUUUGAAGCAAAACAUCCGUCCCAGACAUGUCAUGAUGAUGUCGCUUGCCACGGGUAUCGGCACAGGUUUGCUGGUUGGUAACGGUAAGUCGUUGCACAACGGUGGGCCUGCUUCGCUGGUUAUUGGGUAUGCGAUUGUGUCUACCAUGCUGUACUGUUCUAUCCAAAGUGCGUCCGAGCUGGCUAUCGGCUAUUCGUCGUUGUCGGGCGGCUUCAAUGCUUAUCCAGCGCGACUGGUAGAUCCGGCGUUUGGAUUUGCCGUCGCUUGGGUCUACUGCUUGCAAUGGCUCACUGUGCUUCCUCUAGAGCUGGUCACUGCGUCGAUGACCAUCAAAUACUGGAACGACAAAAUCAACCCCGACGCCUUUGUCGUGAUUUUCUACGUUGUGCUCGUGUCCAUCAAUUUCAUCGGUUCUGCCGGAUAUGCUGAGGCAGAGUUCUUUUUCAACACUUGCAAGGUGCUGAUGAUCGCUGGAUUCUUCAUCCUCGGUAUCAUAAUCAAUUGUGGCGGUGCAGGAAACUCUGGGUACAUCGGGGCGCGCUACUGGCACAAUCCUGGCGCUUUCAGAGGCAACAACGACAUCAAUAGGUUCAAGGGCUUAAUGUCGGUUCUAGUCAAUGCUGCAUUUGCAUACGGUGGUGCAGAGUUUGCCGUGUUGACCGCUGCAGAACACUCCAACCCGCAGAAAUCCAUCAGAAGCGCAUCCAAAAAACUGGUGUACCGUAUUGUGGGCAUCUACUUGAUGACUGCUGCCUUGCUGGGAUUUUUGGUGCCCUGGAACUCCGAAGAGCUGCUAGGGUCUUCGGGCAGCGCUACACACGCCUCUCCGUUCGUGAUUGCUGUUGCCUCGCAUGGUGUGAAAGUGGUCCCCCACUUUAUCAACGCCGUUAUUUUGUUGUCGGUACUUUCUGUCGCCAACUCUGCUCUACAUUCCUCUUCUAGAAUCAUGCUGUCGUUGUCUGAGCAGAACUUUGCUCCCAAGUUCCUGAAUUACGUUGACAGAAGAGGUAGACCGGUUAUAUGUCUCAUAGUCAGUUGCAUUUUCGGAGGAUUGUCGUUUGUAGCGGCAUCUCCCAAACAAGAGACUGUCUUUACCUGGUUGCUGGCCAUUUCAGGGCUCAGUGAGCUGUUCACAUGGUUUUCCAUCUGUUUGUCUCAUGUCCGGUUCAGAGCUGCGCUCAAGGCCCAGGGCAGAUCCCUGGAUGAGGUGGGAUACGUGCCAUGGACCGGAAUAUGGGGUGCAUACUACUCGAUGAUUUUGAUCGUGACGAUUUUGAUUGCACAGUUCUGGGUUGCCAUAUCGCCUGUGGGCUCCAACAAGCUUGACGCCAAUAAUUUUUUCGAAAACUACCUGGCGAUGCCUAUUUUGAUUGCACUGUACUUGGGCUACAAGCUGUGGAAGCGCGAAUGGCGGUUGUGGAUUCCCGCGAGUGAAAUAGACUUGGUGAAGGACAGGAAAAUCUUUGACGCUGAGGUUAUGAGACACGAGGAAGCUGAAGAAAAGGACAGAAUUCGUCAUUCGUCGUGGAGUGUGCGUAUGUCGUAUUUCUGGUGCUGA